GGAGCCGAGCGGGGCCGAAGAGGAGCCGAGCGGGGCCGAAGAGGAGCCGAGCGGGGCCGAGGGGGCGCGAUGGCGGCGACGCCGCCGCCCAAGCCCUGGGAGUCCCGGCGGCUGCCGGGCACCGCGCCCGCCUUCCAGUCUGCUGACUUGGGUGACAACCUGCUGACCAGACCYGGACAACCUGUGGUGGCACGAAUUCCUCCACCCAUUUUGCCAAGACCGUCCCAUCAAACAGGAAGCAGCAGCCUGAGCACUUUCAGGCCAGCAUAUASCAGUUCUUUUUCUCCAGGCUAUGGUUCAUAUGGCACCUCUUUCUAUGGAAGCUAUAGUCCCUACAGCUAUGGCUAUGGAGGUCUGGGCUAUAACCGCUUCUGUGCCGACAGCAUUCCUCCCAGCAGGUUUGUCCAGCAGGCUGAAGAGAGCAGCAGAGGUGCCUUUCAGUCCAUUGAAAGCAUCGUGCAUGCCUUUGCCUCAGUCAGCAUGAUGAUGGAUGCAACCUUCUCAGCUGUGUACAACAGCUUCAGAGCUGUUUUGGAUGUGGCCAACCACUUCUCCCGCCUCAAAAUCCACUUCACCAAGGUGUUUUCAGCUUUUGCUCUAGUGAGAACUAUAARGUACCUCUACCAACGCCUGCAGCGCCUGCUGGGUCUGCGGCAGAGCUCUGAGAAUGAGGAUUUGUGGGCUGAGAGUGAGGGCAAAGUGGCUCGUGCUGGCCUUGAAGACAAGGUGGCUAACUCUGCAAAAUCCUGGCCCAUUUUCUUGUUCUUUGCUGUUAUAAUGGGAGGCCCCUACCUGAUUUGGAAGCUGCUUUCUACAUACAGUGAUGAAGAAACAGUGUCUAGUAACUGGGCAAGUGGAGAAGAUGACCAUGUGGUUGGAAGAGCAGAGUAUGAUUUCAAUGCUCUCUCAGAAGAAGAAAUUUCUUUCCGUGCUGGUGACAUGCUCAAAUUAGCACCCAAAGAACAACAACCCAAGAUCCGUGGUUGGCUUCUGGCUAGUUAUGAUGGCCAAACAACAGGACUUGUGCCAGCUAAUUACAUCAAAAUCCUGGGCAAAAGAAGAGGUAGGAGAACAGUGGACCCGGAAAGGAUUACGGAGCAGCGACCUGCCUUUCCCAACACAUCUGUAAGAGGAGCCCCUGCUGCUGUGACUUUAGAGGAGCAGGAGGCUGCUUUUGAAACUGUUUUUGCUGGAAGUAGCAAAGYAUCCACUGCGUCGGACUCCGCUGUGGCUGGUGGAGAGAAGCAGGAACUCUAAUGCACUUUGAUCAACAAAGCAACUGAACUGUGCUUUAUUGAUAUCACUUAGGGUUUGUUGAAAAUCUGGUUUGUAGUGGAGCACUGGUGGGUCUGUACCAGUUAUUGCUGCUACUGGCUGGUGAAGGGAUGGGGAAAUGAUUGCUCAGAUUGGUGGUAUUUAUUUUUGACUCACCUAAGGCUGUACAUCAGUGAUUCUAUCCUAUCCAACCACCUGGCAGCAACUCUAAGAUUUUGAGAUAGGAGAAGUGAGGCAUUUAUAAAAAAGCAAACAAAAACCAAGAA